CACACACAGCACACAGAAGGCUGAGGGAGCUUAGUCAGCACGUCCCCCUCUCACUCACACACACAUUCGCAUGGAGCUGUGGCAUUCCUAGAGACCCUCUCUGCCUCUCUAUCUCUCUCUCCUCUGUCUGUCUCCCCCUUUUUCACCUGUCCUCUACUUUACCUUUGGUUGUGCUCUUUCCCUCUUCCCUUCUCCCUCUCCUUCUCUAGGUUUUCUUCUGCUCUGACUGGCUGGCAGUUGUCUUGGAGAGAGUGUUAAAGAGGACAGGUCAGAAUGCUGUGGACACUGCAGAUGUUUGGACUACAGGUUUCCCUCAGGGCUAACUGAAGACAAGACAACAACACUGCAGGCAUCAGGAUCCUAACACACAGCUCAUUUUUUAAAUCUCAUUUUUAGUUCUCAAUCGGUCCCUUAAUCAUUUAUAUUUGUCCUCCUUUUUGUUGCAUUUCCACGGGUGCUAUUUUGGCAGCCUCUGAGAAGAUGAGGUCCAAGUUUUCUCAAGCUGCUCUGCAGCCCUUUAUUCUAGGAGUGUUGCUGUCACUGGUGGACACCAAAGGAACCUUCUAUGGAACAGGCCAUGGGAACCCGUUCUUUGGAGGAAGUCAUGGCAACAGAUACAACCUGUACAAGGCUGGAGUCAACCCACACUACACCCCGGGCAAACCCAUGACCCGCCACAAAAAUCACUGUGCGUAUGUGGUACAGAAAAACAUCACAUGUACGAUGCAGGACGGCAUGGCCACCUAUGUGACGGCAGAGUACACCACCAAGUGCAUCUGGGGGCAGAAGUGUCCUGUCGUCAUGUACCGGACCUUCUACAAGCCUAAAUACAAGGUGGGUUAUAAAACCAUCACUGAGCUGGAGUGGAGGUGUUGUCCUGGCUACUCUGGAGAGAACUGCUACGAUGGACCCACCUCCCUGCCCGAUAUGAUGCCCCCCUUCAAGGGUGGUGCCCCCCACCGCCCAGGGAUGAAGGGGUACCCUCACGGGCAGCCCCGACCCCCCUUGGACCACAAACCUGUCCCUGGGGGGGCUAAUCUGGAGCCUGGGAGGCCCUUCCCAAAUCAGCCUGAUAGCAAACCCAUCCCCACUGGACAACUGCCCACCGGGAACAGCAAACCCAACUAUGGUUAUAAAGUUGGUGUUAGCGGAGAACGUCUGGAGCGUAUGGAGGAGGACCUGCGUCGCCUAACCCAGGGUCUGGACACUCUGAACGGGGUGGUGGCUGGCCUGGAGGACCGUCUGCGCCUCUCUCUCCGGGAGGAUACUAACAAGAUGCUGGGCUCCCUGCUCUCCACUGCCCCCCGUCUCUCUGACUCCUCCGUUGGCUUCGGAGUGAUCCCAGACGGCUUGGAGGGGGGAGAGGGUUUCCCCGAGUUUGGGGAUCUGGCUGGGAGGGUGACGGAGGUGAAAGAUGAGCUCAGAGCCAAGGGACACAUGCUGGAGGAGAUACAGGGCAUGGUUCUGGGCCAUGACGGGCAGCUAAAGAGGCUGUUGGAGGCUGCGACCGGCAGGCCCAUCCCUGGAUCGGGCUCUCCCUCCAUCCUGGAGGAGCUGCUGGAUGCUAAGCUAGCCGACGUCCGUGCUGAGAUCCUGGACGGCUUCGAGAGGCGUCUGUCUGGCCUGGAGAACCACUGUGAGGAGAGGAUAGGGGAGGUCCAGAGACAGUGUCAUAAUGAACACAUGAACGGACAGGAGCAGAUUCAGCAGUCCCUGGACGGCAGAGAGACUGGCCUGAGAGAGGAGCUGGGUACUCUGCAGGCCCAAAUACAGGGACUGACCCUCACUGAGAGCUGCUGCGGACAGGUGAACAGCCUGUCCCAGAGGGUGUUGAUGCUAGAGGAGUCAGUGACGGGGUUAACAGAGUCUCAGCGCCAGCUCCAGGCUGCUCUCACUGACCAGACCAUCCACAUCGAGACCCUGAUAGAGGCCCGUCUGGAGAACAUGGAUGCCCGGCUCAUUGCCACCGAGACUGGGGAAGUAGGGCUUGGCGGGGUGCCUGGGGGCCUGGACGGCUUCAAGACCCUGCUGGAGGACAAGCUGAAGACCAUGGAGGACAGGGUGUUUGUGGCCGUGGAAGAGCUGAGGAACGCCACUGCCCCGGCUCUGCUGGAGGGUCAGGUGGUACCUGCCCUGGAGACAGAGAUCGAGUCGGUCAGGAGGAGGGUGGAGGGAGACCUGGACGGCAUCCAGAAACAACUAACAGACCUGGAGCUCCUCUGCACCUCUUCCUGCUCCCCCGUCACUCCCCCUGGAGGAGGCGCAGGGACAGGCCUAGCGGAGAUGGAGGAGGAGUGUGAGGAGGUGGAGAAGAAGGUGUCAGGUCGUCUGGACUCCCACGCCAACCAGCUAAACCAUCUCAACACCACCCUGCAGACCCUCCUGAACCGUAUCGCCCAGGAGGACGAGGAAGGCUCUGUCCAGGGAGAGAUCACACUCCUCAAGAUCAAUGUCAACUCUGUCAACCGCACCCUGAAGGGCCUGAGGGACUCUGUUAGCCUGUUCACUAAGGAAGUGGGCCAUGCUAACGCCACGUGGACACACAGGGAGAACCAGCUAGCCACCGAGGUCCAGGGCAUCACCCAGCUGGUGGAGCGCCAGGCCUCCCUCCUAGGGGCUGGGGAGCGACGACUAGCCCAGCUGAAGGGAGAACUGGUGGGCCUGAGGAGGAGGCUGGCCGGGGAGCUGCAGGGCUGCUGGAGCACGGCCUUGGGGGUGCAGAGGGAGGUGAAGGAGGUGGAUAGUCGUGUGUCCCAGGUGGAGGGACAGUGUGGCAGCCUGGGGGAGCUGGCGGACCACCUGGAGAGGAUCAGGGCAGAGCUGGAGAGACACUCUGACUCGUACCUGUCACAGGUGAAUGGAACGCUGGCCAGUCACUCUACACAGCUGGCCGAGCUGAAGGGAGAGAUCAAAGACUGUGUCGGGAAGGGCUCAGCCAAUCAGAGAGAAGACCAGUAGCAGCCGAGCUACAGAGAGAGACUUCUGUGUGUCCAUAGUGUGAAGAGGAUUCCCAUUCUCGUCUGCUUUCCUUCAUCUGCUCUGAUGGGAAAGGUGAGAAGAAAUUCCGAGCAGGAUUCCAUCAUGUUGCUUUGACCUACCCUGCCUGUUCAGAUCAGUGAAGGAGAGGAGAUGAGGAGAAGAGGCCAUUUGAAAAUAUUGAAAUGCACCCUUGGUUGUAUAGUUGGGCAAUAUUUUCCCUAAAGGGGCAUUUUUUUGUUGUUGUUUUUUUCUGAUCUUUUUGUUGUUGUUACAUUUUAUUUGGAUUUUUAACUGACUUUUUAACUUAUAUGAAGAAAAGAUGGUUGCAUUGUUAUCCUGUAUGUACAGUGAGGGAAAAAAGUAUUUGAUCCCCUGCUGAUUUUGUACGUUUGCCCACUGACAAAGAC